AUGAAGACGACUGUAAAAAUAUCGCACUCAGUUAUAAAGAGAAUAUCUGAGAUUUCAAAACCAUGUCAUGGAAAAUUAUUUGGUAGUUUCUCCAAAAAUAAUCUUACAAUUUUGGCUUUACAAGUAGAUAUAGGCAGUGGGAAUAAUUUGGUGAACUCGUUACCUGCUGAAAUAGAUUUUUGUGGUAUUUUUCAUAUUGAUAAUGAAAAACCAAAUGAUUCUUGGAUUAGAGAGUAUGUUAAAGAUGUAGACGUUACUGACAAUCCGAUUUUUAUUAACGUUGACUUGGAGAGUAAAAGUUUGUCAAGUUUUAUUAUAACGAGUGAUAAAUUGGAGGUUUUAACUUAUACAACUUUAACAGAAAAUGAUAUUAAUUCUCAAUUCUUGCAUUUAUUGUUGAGGGGUAAUUUGCCUUUAAAAUGCGAAGCCAAUAAGAAAUCGGUAGAGGAAACUUUUGCAGAGUUGAGAAAAAUAGUAACCACUGGAAAAAUUGCAUUUAAUUUUGAAAAACACAAUAUUUUUCUGCUGGAAAAUGAGUUUGAUAACCCUAUUAUAGGAAUAAGUGGUGAAAGUAUUAUAUCAGAGUUAUGCAGUGAAAAUAAUGAUCAAAAUGAGGGCAACACAAGAAAGAAGAAAAACCAAACAGCAGAGUUGCAAAUUUUAAAUGUUAAUUUCCUGAGAAGGAACACAAAGUUGGACAGCGAAAACGACAUUAAAAACCACGCGCCAAUCUGCAUUUUCAGCAAAAAACAAUCAACAAAUUUCAACAUAAAUCUGGAUAUUAACACUCUCUCCAUUGUUAAUAGGCAGACUAAAAUUUCAAAAUUGUAUGGAAUCUUGGUGGAGAGUACUAUAAGGCAUUUAAGGUUGUAUGAAAGUGUUUUGCUAGGAUGUUUGAGUGAAAAUGAGGAUGUUAUAAGCAAUAUUAAAGAGUUGGAAACAUUUCAUUUUUACACUGAGUGUGGACAUUUUGUUUCUAAAAUUUACCCUAAGAAUUUAGAGGAAAACCAACUAAAAAAAGAACGCCAACUUUUACAUGAAGAAUUACUGGUAAAAACUGAAUUCCCUAAAUUUAGAAGAGCAAAUAUGUUUGACUUUGACUCAAUGGCAAAUAAAGGGAAUUCUCCACUAAUAAAUCCACAUGAGUCUGUUAAAAUUACAGAUAAUGGAGGACAUUUAUCUUUGGUGAAGGGGUAAAUAUCAGUAUUACCACUACAGUCAGGACAGAAUGGAUGACAACGGUUGGGGUUGUGCCUACAGAUCCUUACAAACUUUGGGCCUCAUGGUUUAAAUUGCAAGGUUUUUGUUAACAAAAACGUGCCAACUUUCAAAGAAAUACAAAAAUGUCUGGUGGAUAUAGGUGACAAGCCAAGGAAUUUCGUAGACUCCAGACAAUGGAUAGGUUCGACUGAAGUUAGUUUUGUUUUGAACACUUUACUGGGAAUUACUUCAAAAAAUACUGUUUGUGAAUUCGGGGGGACGAAAUAGUCGACUAAAGGGCCUGAAUUGGUGGCUCAUUUUGAAUACCACGGAUCUCCUAUAAUGAUCGGGGGGGGCGUUUUGGCCCACACCAUACUAGGUGUGGAUUACAACAGGGACACGGGCAGUCUAAAAUUCUUAAUUCUAGACCCGCAUUAUACAGGGGGAGAAGAUAUACACACCAUAGUUACUAAAGGUUGGUGCGGAUGGAAAAAUACUGAUUUUUGGGAUAAAAAGGCGCAUUAUAACAUGUGCCUUCCUCAGGUUCCACGGGGAUAUAUAA